AUGCAGGACCUGGUGCUCUCGUGUCGUGUCAUCGCUGCAACAUCUAAUGACGAACGUUUCCCGGCAAAAAAUGUACUGAAUGUAAACGAUAACAAUUUCUGGUUAACCACGGGCAUAUUUCCGCAGUGCCUGUUAAUCUCGUUGAACUCAAGAACAGCGUUGAAGUUCCUGAAAAUAGUUUCAACCUGCAUUAAAUCCUUUGUGGUUGAGGCCGCUUCUGAUGACGCGUCUAAAUACCAGACAUCGGUGGAAAUGAACGCAGAUUUUGCUGAUAAGCAAAUACAAAUAACGAACUGCCCUCUGAAUGGAGCUUUGUGCAAGCGGAUUAAGAUAACUAUUCUGAGCGCGUAUGACCACUUCGUUGCCGUGUACAAGCUCAUCUUCGAGCAAGGCUAA